AUGGGGUCUAAAUAUUAUGCGGGGUUGGCUACCGAUAGUAAGUUUUAGAAAUAAAAAAAAGUAUUAUUUGAUAUUAAAUCGAGUUGUAAAAAAGUAUAUAUUUUUUACAUUUAGUUGGUGAAAUGUUUGGAAAAUCGUGUACAUUAAAAAAAGCGCUGCCUUGCGCUUGUAGUAGUUGUGAAAAACGAUGUUGGGAAUCGAAAGGUUGGGUUUGUCGUGUGAUAGAAUGUUUUUGUGAGGAACGUGUAGAAGUUUGCGUGGAACGUGUAUCGGAGGAAUCAAACGAGUAUCAUGUGGAUUACGUGUGUGCAGAUCAAGCUUGUGGUUUUAAAAUAAACGCAUUUGAUUCGAAUUUUUCAAUAUACACGAAAGUUGUGGAAAAUGUAAAGGAUUAUAUGUUUUUUCACGAACGUAAUAUGUGCACGUGUAAACGACUCGUUCGUGCAGUAGUGGAACGUGUAACCAUAGGUUGUGGUGUAACAGACCCCACGAAAGAAAAAUCAAUUGAUUUAAAUAACGACUAUCAAUUGCUGUUUGUUUGUAAUGCGAAAAAAUGUAGUUAUCGUCAAUCUCUACCCCAAAUUUUACGAGCUCGAGGUGAAAAAAUAAGAUGUCUUUGUGGAGGGGAAACUCGUUACGAUGCAGAGAAAAAAACAUUUUCGUGUGAUCGUCAAACAAAGUGUGGCGUUUAUUUUCACGAAAUGGAUUCAUUAACGUACAUACAUACUGAACAGGCAAAAAAUGGGUUGGAAGAUUCUGCAUGGGUAACUAUCAGACGUCGUGCGCCUGAUAUAUGUGGCAAACAGGGUAUAUUAAAAUAUCGUAUCGAUGACAAUUUGCAUGGUGAACUAUUGUAUGAAUGUAGUAUAAAUAAUACAUGUAGAAAAACUGUACGCGAUAUUUAUGUACCAAUGAUGUAUUAAAUUUUUUAAAAGUUUUUACAAAAUGUUUUUUUAUCUAUUUUUUUUAUCCCGUCCCAAAUACAACAUCUCCCCAUUUUUUUGACACAAAUCCUCCUCGUUGUUUUAGGGCGCGCCGUCCUCCACGUUGCCCCAUUCCCAACAUACCCAAUAGUAAGGGUAAAAAACCACCAUUUUGUUUUUUUCCAUACCCGCGUUGACGCCAAAUCGUGCCUGGGCUAAGUCCGAGUGAACGUUGUCUUGACCAUUCUCCUUGCACGAUACCGCCUACGCAAGAUAAUAGUUUAGCGUAUUUUUCCGACCCUUUGAACCCAAGACAUUCUUUUACGUAUUCGACCACCUGUUUGAUUAUAGGGGUCACUGAAUCCAUAGUUUAUGGAAUCGGUUAAAAACCCACCUUUUUGCUUGUUUUUUUUGUUUUUUGAACGUUGAUACUUUUUGCCCUUAAAAUUACCACCAUUUUGUUUACCUCGACGUUGUUUAACCAUGGCUACGCGACAGGGGAAUGUGUUACCGGUUAAAAAAAUAAAUUAUAUAUAUGUUAACAUAUACGAUGCACUGUUUGAUAAAUUCUAUCGUGUAAAAUGUUUAUGUGGUUAUCAUUUUGAAAUUCAAAUUGCUGUCACGUCAUUGACCGUACCGUACGAGAAAGAUUCAACAUUAUUUCACAAGAACGAGGAUAACUCUAGUUUUUUACUUACGUGAGGUGUCGAAAAGAAACUUAUGAUAUAUUUGGAUUCAGAUACACAUGUGAGAACAACUUUUCCGUGCUGGCAGUGUCGUGAAACAAUCUAUUUACAUGUUGUGCGUAAAUGUUAGUUUUAUUCGAGGAGCAUUUGUACAACGACUGUGUCGUGUUUGAAUCUUAUUGUGGUUCGAUUGAUUCAAAGGGCUCGUUUGUAUUUUCAGUACUUUAUCGUGGAUUCGUAUUCAACGCUCAUGUUUAUUUUGAUAGUUUUCUGACACAUGUAGAUUUACAUCGUAUAUCGGGAAGCGAUACGUACACGGACGCGUUGGGGGAUUACGUGGACACUGUUGUCGAUGCUUUUUGGCUAUAUUGUUAUCACGAAGUAGACGUACGAGAUAUAUUUGAUUCCGAAGAGACAAUUCGACGAAAAUUAUUUUCAAAACAUCGCAUUUAUUUAAGUGAUAUGCGAAUUUGGCGUGGAUUUUUCUCUACGGCUCGUCGCAAUGCAGGCGCUAUUGGAUCAGAAGUUAGUCAUAGUUCCCCAUAAUAGACAAACAGUCUUAAUCAACGAGGAAAAAAUUAUUACUCUUACUAAAUAUUUAGAUUUACACUGUUAUAAGAGUAUUACAGACUAUAUGUAUUUUUUUUGUUUUAUACUAUCUGAUAAAUUUGAAACUUUAACAUAUAGAAACAGUAAUUAUUUUAAAUGUUUUAUAGAACAUUUAGACGAUAAACGUGUGGUGAUUCUCGAACAUAAUGCACCUGAUUUUGCAGAAACGUUUGUAGAUUUAUGUAAUAAUAAUACAUUUGUGAAUGUACGUAGUGCUAUGUGUAAUAUUUACGGUAUAUAUCUUUUAAAGGAUUAUUAUUUCCUAUUUACACAGACGCUAACUUUUAUACGGCUAUUAAAUAAACAUGAAGAACUACCAUUGACAAUAGUACGUAGUCGUAAUCGUGAGGCAUUUGCUAUAAGAUUAGUAUAAUGACUGCUAUGUUAUAUAUUGAAAAACCUUAUCGAAAUAAAGAUCGUACAUAUACGUUUAUGUAUCAGGAAAUGUUAUAUGAAUGUCAUCAAUAUUGGUGUGUUGAACGCGACGGUGCAGAUUUUAUUUUAUGGAUGUAUCAACGAAAUAAAAAAUUUUGUGUAAGAAUGCAUAUUCAUACGGGUAAAAUAUACAACGCCUCGCAUCAACUACUCGGGUAUAGUUUUUACGUAGGGACACGACGCGAGUAUCAAUAUAAUUUGCAUAUGUUAUAUGCUCAUUGUAAGCAAAAUAAAGAUAUGCGUUUUGUUCUAUAUAAGGAUAUGAUUCAAAAACAUUUUUUACGCGAGGGUGUCUAUUUGGAUAAGUCUGUUUUUCAAUUAAUCAUUUUCAUUCAUUCGUGCAAGACGUAUUGGGAGUAUGAUGAUGGUCAACCCGUUAGGAAUUCGAACUGUGCGUUAAUAUAAUGACUUAAGGAUAUAUCUUUUAAUGUGUUCAAGGAAAAGAUUCGAGAACGUUUUUUACGCGAGAGUAUAUAUUUGCACGUAUCUGUUUUUCGAUUAGUUAUUUUUUUACACAUGUUCACAAUACAUGGGCGGAUACUCGCGUAUGGCAGCCUACGUUCCACCGAUAAUUUAUAGUGACAAAUGGUAUGGACACUAUAAGUUUGGUAGUGAUGAAGAACUAAACCAAUUUAUACAUUUAAUAGAUGAUUUUGUGGGCGAACGCGUUUAUCUUAAGGCUCGACACAUAUUAUUUCCUAAUAAUGAGAAAACAGAUCUUGUGGAUGUCAUGUAUCACGUAAUGAACCCCAUGUGGUUAAGUAAAGGUCUGGGUCAACGAUUGUGGGCGUUGGGAACUGCUCGAUUAAUUUGUUAAACGUAUGGCUGGAUGACUUUUUCUACAAUAAAUCGUAAAUAUGAAUUUUUGGAAAAAAUGUACGAUAAUGUGCACGAAGUAGAUUUAAUUUUAAAAAGGACGAAAGCUAAAAAAAAUAUCGCGUUGGCUCUUGGGGGUUUUUUGGGUAUCUACACACUGUAUAAAUUGACGAAUUUUUCAGUUUCGAUUAUUAGCGACCUGUUGCACUAGACGACAUGUCCUCCACGGUGAACUAUAGCGUGUACGGAAAACGUUAUGCGAACGCUCAACAUUUAUUUGAGACCUACGCAAAUAAAACUAGUAAAGUCGGGUGGUAUGAGAAAUUCGACAAGAAAGUUCACCUCGCAUCAGGAGUACUCGCGAGAGGGGGCGAAACAAAAUUUUUGUAUAAGACAUGUAUUGGUAUCACGACCGACGAACUACUCGAGGUAGCCGCGUGUUUAAAGAAAGCAGCGCAUACACCAGGAGCAAGUAACGAGUUUUGUAUUUCAGAAGGCACCGAUUACAAAGGUGACUCAACCAAAUUGGUUCUUCGCGACAGCGACUAUCAGGGUUUGGUAUUAUUGCGUCUAAACGCAAAGAAAGCAGAUAUUGUGGUUGAUGAGGAUUCAGACGAAGAUCCUGAUCCAGAACCCGUCCCUGUCAGUGGUGGUGUUGAAGAUGAAAAUUUUGAAGAUGUGGUGGAAUGGUCUGAAUGUUUCGAGAAGUUUUACAUCUCAAAACGUGAUGACUGGAAGAAAUUCAAUAAAGUUAUGUUGGCCAUUCACAAUGAUGUUACACAUCUCAACGAUGUUGAUCGAGAAUCAGUGAUCCCUCCUGCUGGUGAACCUCAGACGCAGAAGCAGAUCGUGGGCCCCUCUACACCCUCUACAACAACCAAAGGUGGUGGAAAACGUGGUGCAGGUGGCGGUGGUGGUGGUGCACGCAAGAAAUCUCGUCCGACUAAUGCAGAGUUAUUUGAUAAUGAACAACAGGUACGUCGUGUAAAUCGUCCUUCGCACCCACCCUUACGUCCCUUGAGACCCAUCCCCCCUCUACGUUCCCGCAGUUUGGACAAUUCAACGAUAAAAUACAAUAGAGCUCGAAAACAUAGCGUGCAAGUAACGUGGGCCGAGCCUUUAGUGAAAAAUAGUUAAAUUUAUAUAUUUUUUUUUAGAAAUUACCGCCAAAAACGGCGUUGGCAACUAUUUUUCAAUAUAUGCUCGAGGGUAGUACAUUAGAAGAUACCAUUCUUAAGCAUUUAGACGAAUUAAAUAGUGAAGCAAAAUUUGAUUAUAUGCAGUUAGCUCGAGAUCAACCCGCCGUAUUGUUUGCGAUGUACGAAGCUAUUCAAGCUCAAAUCGGGAGUGACGAGUAA